UCUCUCCACCUUCCUUUUUUAUCUCCACAAACAUACACAUCCCCUCUUCUAUAUAUAUCUCAACCUCACUCUCUCUUUUCCACUCAAACCUCCCUCCCUCCUUUCCUACAAUUAAAAAUUCAAACUACCACCUUUAGAAAGAAUUGCAGAAGCUUUGAUUUGGACAAUUGCAGUGGAACUAUGACUUCUCCGGAUGAGGUUUCAACUCUGGAGCUUAUUAGGGAACACCUUCUCGCUGAUUUUCCUUCCAUGGACAAUUUCAUCACCAACCUCGAUCUCUACACUCAAAACAACACAGACCCAGAAAUUUCAUCCAAUAAUACACCCAAGGCAUCGACUCUGAGCAACCGUCGUCCUGUUUUGAAUGUCAAGGUGCCUCCCAAAGCGCCAGUACUAGUAACUAAUAAUGAGGGCGUCAAACACGUGGAUGAUUCCGGCGAUAGGAAGCACUACAGAGGAGUCAGGAGGCGGCCGUGGGGCAAGUACGCGGCGGAGAUACGCGAUCCAAAUCGGAAAGGGGCGCGUGUGUGGCUCGGGACGUUUGAAACUGACAUUGAGGCUGCGCAGGCUUAUGAUAGGGCUGCGUUUAGGUUGCGUGGAAGCAAAGCGAUCCUCAAUUUCCCCCUCGAAGUUGGGAAUUUGAAAGCGCAGCUGGAAUUGGAGGCUGCGGGCAGCGUUUGCGGGAAGAGAAAAGCGGAGGAACCGGUGGUUGAGACGAACAAGGUUGUGAAGAGGGAGGAGGUCGUGGUGGAGGAAAGUGAACCGGUUUUGACUUCUCAGCCGUUAACACCGUCAAGUUGGAUCGGGGUUUGGGAUUGUGAUGUGAAGGGGAUUUUUAGUGUGCCGCCGCUGUCACCUGUGUCACCCUAUCCUGGAGUUAUGGUUGCGUAAUAAUAGAAGGUGACAGACUGAUUAUUUCAUUAAAAAAUAAAAAAUUGAUUUAAUUUGUUAUUUCAUUAAAAAAAAAGAAAAGA